UUCUCUUGUGCGAGGAUGUCUUGCAUUUCCUUCAGUCAUCAUUCAUUCAUGACAGAAUCAUUCGAAUCAAGGACAGAAGGUUCUUGAUUUCUGCAAUAGCUUAUUCAACGUUUCUUGUUAGUGCGAUUAGCUGUAACUGUCGGACCGUUUUAGCGAAAUUGGCAGCCCACGUAAUUGUCACCGAAAACAAGACUGGAACAACCCAGUACUUUAUCUUCUUGAUUGUGGUUAUGUUUCGAUCCAAAGUCGAAACCAAACAAUUUGUCGUUAUGACGCCAUAGGAGUGCUGUUAGUUUCCAGGGGUGCUUUUUUGCUUGAAUCAGUCUCAAAGAAAUAAGGAAAAGUGACAGUGAGUGAAAACGCAGAUAAAGGGGAGUGGGGCGAGCCUUGAAACCAGAGGGGGAGGAGAGGGAGAGGCACUCGCAUUGAUCCAUCCCAGUCUACCUCGUUCUUUGACAACUGCUUUAAACACACGAUCCAGUCUUCGUGAAGUAAGAAAAUGCUGCAACGAUAUCUCCCCUUCUCCCACUUGCUUCUCUCGCGGAUUCUUUAUUUCACGCUAAACGGGUCGCUUCGCUCGCCGAACAUUUUUCCGCCCUCGCUGGGAGCCUGAUCGCAGGCGAGAUAAAACGUGGAAGGAAAGCUUUACCCGUUGUUUGUUCAGUUGAAAAAUACCUUGUGGUCACGCGCACUGUAUUUUGUUAAGUAGUAAUUUAAAUUCGUGUAAAAACUAUGAUCUAAGUCGAACAUAUUUUUACUUCAUUGCCUGCCUACUUCUCUUCCAUCGGCUUUCGUUUUUAUUACUAUUUUCAAACGAGAAUUCAUUCUUUGUUCUGUAGGCAAUAAUUUCGUCCAAAGCCAAGGGUAUCGUUAAUGUAAUGUAAGUGUGCAGUUUUCUGUCUGCAUUGAAUACCAAUUGCAUUUAUCGUUCUGUCCCUAUCACUACUUGAUACAUCUUAGAUCGACAGCCCAGCCUAGCUAUGUUACGAAACGAAUCCUGCGUCAUCAACUGAUUUUUUUAAAAGGCCUCACUGAUAAUUGUAAACGGUAGAGAAAAUACAAAAUAAGCUGCGCUGUGAAAACGGACGAACUUCAUGUGGACACACCAUCGCUCCCUUGAGCGGUCUGUUAGCAGGUGUUUUACCUACAUGCAGUACCGUAUUUGAAGUCAAUAAUUAACCGCUCUGUUGUAAAAACCGGUAAACUUUCGUUCAAAGCGACAAAGUUACUUGUUAGAUUAGAACGAAUCAAGAGUUUUUCGACAGAUUAUUUCCACGAAAAUUAACCAGAGAAUAGCUGUUAUCUUCACUUGGAAUAAUUAUAUGGAGGUUGCUAUGUCUUUCAAAAGAUCUAUAGUUUGUAUAGUGUUUAAAGUAUUUAACACAAUAUGUCAUUUUUAUUGAAGAUCUUAGUGAAAUAGAUUUAACGUAUUUUUGAAAGGAAUAAAAGGCAGUCUUGUUGUGGAACGUUUGAAGUUUUUCACUAAUAAUUUUCCAACCUUCUUAUUCUUGCACAUUUUUCUUUGUAUUUUCUGUAUCUAGAAAGAGCGUUUUCAUUCCAGCUGCUUUUAUCAUCUGAAAUAUACGAUGUGUCGCGUUAUUCUGGACAAUACGUUACUCAGUGCUUUAGAUCGAGUGAAAAACACAGAUAUGUCCAGGAUUGAACGCUAAUGAGAUUUAAAUUUCUCAUGAUAAGCAUCACAAAGGGUCCUCAUUGGUAAGAAGUCACCAAAACACACACAAUGCUGUCAAAUAUGAAGUAAUAUGAAAAUGCCAAAUAACCCUGGCAAAUAUGAAGUACUAAUUAAACAAUAAUUGCGUUCAUAAGGACAUAAGUGAUUUAUUUUGCACUGUUUGCAUUUUUACAUGUGUAUUUUUUACACUUGGAAUCAUGACUGCUUACAAAGAACAUUCGCCCUGACGGUGCUUGUUAAGUAUUUUAAAAUGAACGUAUCUGUAAACCUAAAAAGAGUAAUUUCGCCGCAAUGAGGGGUCUUAAAAUAAACAAUACUCAACGAGACCAGGGAAAAACGCUUUUGACAUUUUAACAGCAUAAAAAGUCUCUAACGGGUGGAGCUAGGGUCAACACGAAUCCUUUUAGUUGAAGUGCUACGUGUACGGUUAAAUCACAGAAUUGAGGUUAAAUUCUGAUUAUGUUUGUCAUUUGACAGUAAAAUAAUGUCUCCAGUCGUCGGCACAGCUGACAAUCAGUCUGGCAGCUGUUUCUUAUAAACUGGAGUUGCUCUGAGCCUGUUGAGUGGCACAUAUUCCACCAUAUGUGGGGUGGGUAUGUGUGGCAGAUCAACGGCUGACUACUUUUUUGAUCAACUAUUGUGGGGGCGACUGAGCUACAAUAUUUAGUCAUUUCUCACCACAAUUAUGGUACAUGGCGUUUCGUUGCCUUCGAAAAAUAUGCUAUAAUUCCCUGGGUGGUGCUACUUUUGAAGUUGUUUCUAGUGUUUGCCAGUCAUUGUACGGUCGCGAGUAUGCUUAGGAAAUAAUUAAUUGCACAGUUGUUGACUUUCUAUUACGCAUGCGCAGUAAGGUCUUUUGAUUAAAAACUUAUCUGCUUAUAUCUUUCAGGUUGGGUUUUGCCGGUAUUGACUUGAGUAACAUCUUACAGAGAACAUCUGACGAUGAAGAAGACCAAGGAAUUAGACGGUCUGGCCGCUCCAGGAAAAACGUCGACUACACGUUCAAGGAAUUUGAAGACGACAUUACAUCAGCCGUGGAAAACGACAAGAAGAGAUUCAAAGGAGAGGAGGUUAAUGGAGAGGAACAGCACUUACUGUACUCAAAGCCCGCCUACGAAACGGGUAACUUCCUUAAGGCAGGACAACAGAACACCCGCAGAUCCCGCAGACUUAUGGACCUUGAUUACGAAAGCGACUCGGAGUCUAGAACGAGUGGGUAUGAGUACGAGGGAAAUUCAGAUGAAGAUGGUCAGCGGACAUCCACGCGGACGUCUCGUCUCCGAAGGACGCGAAGGAUUAUUGAUGAAGACGACGAAGACAACGACGGUUGUGACUUAAAAGAAGAGGAAUCGAUUGCUACGGAAGGUGGGAAAGAACGGGGAGAGAAAAAUCAUUCAAACGGAGAGCAGCCUGAUACCUCAAAAUCACAAGAACAUAAAGGAGGCGAUAACGAAACGGCAAAGAAUUCCAACCAAGAAGAACAGAAAACAGGUGGAGACAGCAAAGAACCGAAAAACGGUGGAGACAGCAGCGAAAAAGACCAGAAAAUUACGAAUCCAGGAAGUAAAACAGAAGUUGAUAAGACGGACAUUUUACCCUCUCAGCCUCAAAACACAGCUCCUCCAGGCAACAAGAUCCAUCCUCAUUCACGUAUUGCUUCUGUGGCACCAGUAGCUCGCAAUCCGCCUGUUGCUGACAUGACCAAUUACAGGAACCCUGCCAGCUACCCCCCGGAAGGCGUGUUCCCUAAUCCUCCAAAUUUUGAAAUGUUCAAGUCGCAGUAUCCUGUGAAGCAGCCGCCAAAUUACGUCGCGUCAAAUUUUGGAGGCGUUAAUUUAACUACGCCAAACAUUACGGGAAAUAACUUUACGGCCAACAAUUCGGGAACUGUAAAUAUUUCACCCAGCAGUGUUCCAGGUAUUGCUCAAGGUGGACCUACCUUUCCGGGAGCUCAGGGACUUGGAGCUCCAAAUUCAAGGACAAAUUACGGAGGGACCACUAUUCUAGGGCCCAGCCCGGUAACACCUAGCUUUCCAGGUGCUAAUACCAACUUCCCAGGUACAAACAUAGGAGGACAGAAUAUCCCUGGAACAAAUUUCGGUGGGCCCUUCUCUGGGGGACUCAACAACGUAGGAACAAACUUUGGAGAAACGAAUUUUGGUGGAGCUAACCCAACUGGGGCUGGUGUAGGAGGUUUUGGUGUCAUGAAAAGUCCAACGCAAAAUGUACCUGGCUCGCUUUGGGGAGCCCAGACUGACUUUAAUAACAUGUAUAGUUAUCAAGGAUUCCCAUCUUCAGCGGGAGGAGCAUCGGCUCCCGUGAGUAGUCCCACGAGUAACCAGACUUUACCACCACCAUACCCCUCUGCGACCAGGUUUGCGAAUACCAACCAGUAUGGAAACUAUAACCAACAGUAUCAAGGAAAUUCUAACAUGCAGAACAAUUAUAUUGCACCACAACAGAGUGGCUUUUUUCCUGGCACGCCUCAACAGCCACCGCCACCUUAUCCUUCAGGUAAUUCGCUAAAUGCGAACUUCUACUCGAACAAUAAUCCAGAGGGUAACCUUACGGGUAACCUUGCGGGUAACCAGUGGACUUAUCCCGAGGGAUACGGGUAUUAUCCCGGUCAAGGAAAUACCGCGGGACAGAAUUUUUAGAACAAAUUUGCUUCCGUUCACACUAAUUGAAUCUGUUUAGUACAGCGUAAUUUAACAAUUCGAGGAAAUGCGAGCCUUAACGCAGCAUCUCUCGAUUGUUAACGUCAGGUUGAUUUUCAAGCAAUUGAACAUUGAAAAAAGCUUUUUUAAACAGUUUUUGUUGUUGAUAGUGUGAACGUAGUAUUAAGAGCCUUUUUGCGGUGAGUUUUACUACAAAACUCAGAAUGUUAUUUUUAACUUUGGAAUAAUAAGUCACAAGGGAACAGAGAAUCGUAAAAAGUAGGAUUCAAAAUCGAAAAGGAACGAGGACGCUUUGAUCUGGCUACUGCGCAAAUGAGGGUCGUAAAAUAUCCAAGUACAAGAAAUUCAAGGCUAAAUUUGUAUAAGGGAUAUGAAAGAGAGGAAAAUGUUGGGAAAGAGAGCGUGUUGUUCUCUCCCCACAGUCGCCUAAGUCAUGAGAAAAGGGUUAGAACACAAAGCAAGCAUAGCUGGUAAUGCUCUAGAGAAGUUUCUGUUCAGAUCUGUUCAGAUCUGUUCAGUUCAUAAAGAAGUUGCAAGGUGAAGUUACUUCUCAUCCGACACCAGUAAGAGCAUCGAUCUGUUCUUGUACACCUUACGUGUAUAUUAAGCUCGUAAGCGAGUCUGUCACGUUAGGCCAUAUUUUAUGCAUUGUCACGUAAGGUCACGCUGUUUGCGGUGAUUCCAGGCUAAAGUUUCAGCCAUCGUGAAAUAUUCCAUUUCUGAUUUUCAAAUUUAAUCCAAAUAGCGAAUAGAGACAUCUUUUGAGCAUUCCUCACCGUGCGGGAAAUUGAAAUUCCUUUUUUGUUCGAAAAUGUUUCGAUUGUUUCAUUACGUUUGAAGACCUAUUUGUACGUCACACAAUCGCCUAAAAUAGCGUGACAAAGUUCCUCAAAGAAAGUGUGCUCGAGGUUACAAAUCUAAGUAGGAAAGUGAGUUUAGAAGUUUGUGAACGAGAGCCAUAUCCCAUUGUCUUAAACUCACUCGAAUGCUUGCAUCAGGUUAUGUGAACAGAACAGCAAUUUUCGAUAUUUUUUUAGGAAAAAACAAGAAGAAAAGAAACCUAACAAAGGUUAGGCAACGUUACAAGUGUUCGUAUUCACCAAAUUAUCCAUAAUAUUAGAGCGUCCUUUAUAUAAUCAAUUUUAUAUCUGUAUAUAUAUCUGACAUCAGUUGCAUGCGCGCUUGUUUCCCUCGAUUUGGUUUUUUUAUUUCACUUCGUUACGAAUGACUCGUUUUGCAUGUUGUCGUACUUCAAGAUCUGUACAAAAUUGUUUCAACUAUUCAUCCAGUGUUAACCGAUAAACUUGAAAACCCUUUCCAAAUCAAUCCAUGAACAUGUUUCUUUCUUUUUUUCUUUCAUUACAAACCUUGUUUCAAUCUACUUCAUGUUCGUAACAAUUUGCAGCAAGUUUGAUCAUUUUUUUAAUUCGCCCGUCUAACGUACAUUAGUGCCGAGAGCCUGCUAAUAUAUCAAGAAAAUAUUCUCUAGUUAACAAGUAUUUAUUAUCACUACUUCUCUGUUUGAAAAUGUUUUAUUCCAAAGAUUGUAAUGAGAUGUUCAUCGCUAUUGAGAAUGUAUUGAUUUUCUUCCAAGCUUGAUUCCGAUGAUUGCCAUAGGUGGACACGAACAUACAUUCUUGAAAAGAUGGCCAUUUUUUAUUACUUUGUGACUAAUAUAAUGUAAAUAGUGGUGUUUCGGUUGUUGCCUCAUUCUAGCAACCUGUGUAUCUAUCUUGUGGAAAUAUCGGAUUCAAAGGCUUUAUAAUAAAAUGAAAUACGACGGGAA